GAGAGAGAGAGAGCGAGUAGAGGAGGGGGGGUGUGUCUUUUCAUUAUACCGUCUCGGUUUUUGAAUUUGCUCUGCGAAAGCGACGGAGACUGUUCGUUUCUGUGGUUUCUGUUCUCCCGCCGUUUGGGUUUUUCUUACCGGAGGGAGUUUCCUUCCUUCGUCUUCGAUGGUUAGCCUACGCUCCGCAAAAUUCACUCCGGCUCCGGAAAUGGUCAUCGACGUUGAAACGGAGAAAGACGCCUCUGCUGAUUCACCCACUUCUGUUCUCAACGAAGAGGAUAACUGUGAGGAGAAAACUGCUACUGUUGUUGAGGAAGAGAUACUUCUAGCCAAAAAUGGAGAUUCGUCUCUUAUUUCUGAAGCCAUGGCUCGUGAGGAAGAGCAGCUGCUCAAAAUUCGGAAAGAUGAAGAGCAAGUCAACAAUGCUGGAUCUGCUGAUGCUCCUGAUUUGAAUGAAACUCAGUUUACUAAACUCGAUGAGCUCUUGACGCAAACUCAGCUCUACUCUGAGUUUCUCCUUGAGAAAAUGGAGGAUAUCACCAAUAAUGGUAUCGAAGGUGAGACCCAAAAAGCUGAGCCCGAGAAGACUGGUCGUGGACGCAAAAGAAAGGCUGCUUCUCAGAUAAACAAUAGAAAGGCUAAGAGAGCGGUUGCUGCUAUGAUUUCAAGAGAUAAAGAAGUUGGUGACACCACCAACUCAGAUCUGACUGAAGAAGAAAGAGUCAUGAAAGAGCAGAGUGAACUAGUUCCUCUUCUCACUGGUGGGCAGUUAAAGUCUUAUCAGCUUAAAGGUGUCAAAUGGCUUAUAUCCUUGUGGCAAAAUGGUUUGAAUGGAAUCUUAGCUGAUCAAAUGGGACUUGGAAAGACAAUUCAAACGAUUGGUUUCUUAUCACAUCUGAAAGGAAAUGGGUUGGAUGGUCCAUAUCUAGUCAUUGCUCCUCUGUCUACUCUUUCAAAUUGGUUCAAUGAAAUUGCUAGGUUCACGCCUUCCAUUAAUGCAAUCAUCUACCAUGGAGAUAAAAAACAAAGGGACGAACUCAGGAGGAAGCACAUGCCCAAAACUGUUGGUCCGAAGUUCCCUAUAGUUAUUACAUCAUUUGAGGUCGCUAUGAAUGAUGCUAAAAAAAAUCUGCGGCACUAUCCAUGGAAAUAUGUUGUGAUUGAUGAGGGGCACAGGUUGAAAAACCACAAGUGUAAAUUGCUGAGGGAACUAAAUCACUUGAAGAUGGAGAACAAACUUCUGCUGACAGGAACACCUCUGCAAAAUAAUUUGUCUGAGCUUUGGUCACUGUUGAAUUUUAUUCUGCCUGACAUCUUUGCAUCACAUGAUGAAUUUGAAUCAUGGUUUGAUUUUUCUGAUAAGAACAGAAAUGAAGCAACCAAGGAAGAAGGAGAAGAGAAAAGAAGAGCUCAAGUUGUUGCCAAACUUCAUGGUAUACUACGACCAUUCAUCCUUCGAAGAAUGAAAUGUGAUGUUGAGCUCUCGCUUCCACGGAAGAAGGAGAUUAUUAUGUACGCUACAAUGACUGAUCAUCAGAAAAAGUUCCAGGAACAUCUCGUGAAUCGCACGUUGGAAGAACAUAUUGGUGAGAAUACUAUCCGUGGUCAAGGCUGGAAAGGAAAGCUUAACAACCUGAUGAUUCAACUUCGGAAGAACUGCAACCAUCCUGACCUUCUCCAGGGACAAAUUGAUGGUUCAUAUCUUUACCCUCCAGUUGAACAGAUUGUUGGACAGUGUGGGAAAUUUCGCUUAUUGGAGAGAUUGCUCGUCCGGUUAUUUGCCAAAAAUCACAAAGUCCUAAUCUUCUCCCAGUGGACGAAACUUUUGGACAUUAUGGAUUACUACUUUAGUGAGAAGGGGUUUGAGGUUUGCAGAAUCGAUGGCAGUGUGAAGCUGGAUGAAAGGCGAAGACAGAUCAAAGAGUUCAGUGAUGAGAAGAGCAGCUGUAGAAUAUUUCUCCUCAGUACCAGAGCCGGAGGACUCGGAAUCAAUCUUACUGCUGCUGAUACAUGCAUCCUCUACGACAGCGACUGGAACCCUCAAAUGGACUUGCAAGCCAUGGACAGAUGCCACAGAAUUGGGCAGACAAAACCUGUUCAUGUUUAUAGGCUUGCAACGGCUCAGUCAGUAGAGACCCGGGUUCUGAAACGAGCGUACAGUAAGCUUAAGCUGGAACAUGUUGUUAUUGGGAAAGGGCAGUUUCAUCAAGAACGUGCCAAGUCUUCGACACCACUAGAGGAAGAGGACAUACUGGCGUUGCUCAAGGACGAAGAAACCGCUGAAGAUAAACUGAUACAAACCGAUAUAAGCGAGGAGGAUCUUGACAGGUUGCUUGACCGGAGUGACCUGACGAUUACUUUACCGGGAGAGAAACAAGCUGAUGAAUCUUUUCCAGUGAAGGGUCCUGGUUGGGAAGUGGUUCUGCCUAGUACUGCAGGAGGAAUGCUUUCUUCCCUUAACAGUUAGGACCAUCAUGGCAUGCCUUAAAACCACUUCGGUGUGUUUUUUUUUUCCGGGAAGAUUACCGGUUACUUGUGGCUGAAAGGAUUCGAUCAUUAGAGGGGCUCGGAAGUUUUUGUAAGUUAUGAAGUCACUUAAAACCCUGAAACAUUAGAGUUAAUGGUGAUUAGCUCUUCAGGAUGACUAAAAAAAUUGGCCCUCUAAUUUUGCAAUUGCGGGUAGAAAUAUUUUUUUUUGGUUAUAAUGCAAUAUUGGCUUAUGUAAAAUUAUUGUCUCUUACG